CGAGAAAGUGGUGCUGUCAUUUGGUAUUCGGUGUGCAAGCGUCCAUUUGGAUUUUCACCGUACUCAUAGUUACACGUAAUUUCAAGUUUAACUAUUUCGCAAUUUCCAAGCGAACUUUUUUUUCCCUCCAAGUGACUCAAGUGGACAAAAAAUUAAUCUUUACCGUAAAAAAAACGCAUAGUUUCGAACAAACAAUGACAACACCGUCCAAGGAAAAUCCACAGAAAAUGGAAGAAGAAUAUAAUUCAAGUGACGACGAAAGUCAUGACGAAGAAAAAACAAGUGCAAUGCAAUCGACUCGAAACGAGCUGAGAUUGUUGAAAUACACCUGGGAAGACAUUAUGUCAGCAAAAAAAUACAAAUGCUUGAAGAAGCCGCUAGGCACAUCGGACGAACAGCUGUACACAAUUGGUUUAGCGGGAAUUGACGAAAAAUUUGACAACUACACCGGUCUCGUUGAAUUCAUGGACGACAUCGAAGCUUUGUGUCGCAGCUACACAGAUCAUUUUUCAAAAGAAGCCAAUGUGAAGAAAGCGGUUGAAUCGCUGCUUGAACAAUGCCAAGGCGAUGUCAAAAGCAUCACAACAUGUCCCGAUUGCUUCGAAUAUUGGAUCAUCGAUCCUAGCAACUACUUCACUCGUGUGUGUACCAAGCCACAUUUGUUGGUCCUUGCCAAGUUGACCGGUCAUCCGUUGUGGCCGGCCAAGGUUAUGUCCAUCGACAAAAAUACAAGUAUGGCCAAUGUCGAAUUCUUCGGCGACCACACACAAGAAGACAUCUCAUUUGACAACUGUUAUCUGUACGCAAAAGAAUUGAUCGGAAAAACUCCAAAGAAUAAGGACCUCAUAAAUGCGAUCAAGGAACUCAAGCGUCACACUGAAAAUGUCGUGAAAAAAUUUGGCUCAUUCAGUCCGGCCAAUGGCAAAGUGGCUCUAAAUGGUCGUGACUUGAAGCAAGAACUGAUAAGCAUGUUCCCAGGUGCAUUCAAAAAGCAAUCAGCAAAGAAAACUGAAGAUGAGUCAUCAUCUGAUGAAGUUGAAGAGAUUGACGAUAGCAGCGUCAACGACUCAAUGGCACAAGGUGAAGACGACAAGCACGAUGAAACAUCGAAUAAAACCGAAGACGAUAGUCGUCAUGGAACAUUGGAUGAAAGCGAAGACAAUGAACAUGAAGAAACAACGACUCAAAAAGAAGACGCCAAUGCAACUAUCGAUGUCGAUGAUGACGAAACUGUCGAUGGUUUAUCGGAAGACAACAAUGAAACAUCGGCAGAUGUGUCGAAGCCUGAAGCCAAAACAAAAGAUGCCGUCGCAGGAAACGAGCCGAAUGGUGAUGAUUCUGGCGAAGAUUCAGGUGAUGAAUCGGACAAAGAGUCGAAUGAACAGCACAAAGAUGAUGAUUGCAACGACUCGAUUGACCAACCAAAAGAACAACAAAACGACAACGAUUCUGAAUCCGAAAACGGUAUGGAACAAAACCGAAAUGAAAGCAAUGGAAAACGUCAGCGAAACGGUGCUAAGAAGACGGAUGCUGAUCCAGUACCGAACAAGCGGCGUCGAUUCUCCGACAAUUCGACCGCUGAGGACGAUGAAACCCAAGAUGAAUCGUCCAAUGCAUCACUUUCGCCAGGAAAAAAAGAAACACGUAAGCCAGCCAACUCGAACGGAAACGCCAAGGCUGCAAAUGGCAAAGUUUCAAGUUCGAAGAAAGACCGAAUCGAAGAAAUGAAGCGUAAAAUUAACGAGAUUGAACAAUCCAAGUCGACAGCUUUGGAUACUUUGGCGGAGCUGAAAGAAGCAAGAAAACGUCUCAAAGAAAAUGUCAACGAAUACAACGAAAAGAUCUGGACUUUGAAGCAAAACAUUGCCGUCGUGGAAAUGAAACCAGUUUGCACUACAUGCCAAAAUCCAAUUUCUGAACCCAUCUUUUGCAGCGACGAAUGCGAAAAUAACCACGAAUAAGACUUUCGUGAGGCAACGUUGAUAUUUGGUCUAAUUGACUGUCACCAUUUAAGUCGAUGAUAUCGACUCGACAUUCAUAUCCACAGUGUAACAAACCAAAAUUCAUCACAAUCAUUCUUUUUUCGUACUUUUUCUUUAUUAAUUUUGUUGAUUUUCCGUUUGAUUUACUUUCCAUUGAAGCAAAAAAGUAGACUUAAAAAUAACGUUCAUUUUUUUUUCUUAUUUCAAGGAAUAGAUUUAAGAUUGAACAGAAAGUUCCAAUUAACUCUAGCUUUAAAUGAAAAUGUCUUUUUUUCUAUUGAUUCAUCAAUAAAGCAUAAUAAAGAUUAUCAAAUAAAGUGUCAUCGUUCAACAUGGUUUAUUCAAAAUAAAGAAUGAAAUUCCGUA